UUGCUCAUGUUAGCAAAACAGGUCAACAAGAGGACGGUGUCAGCUCACUGAAGAUGAAUAUAACUAAAGUGAAUUCAUUUUCUUAUGAAGAAUUCAUUGAAGUGUUUGGAAAUGUUAUAGAGAAAUGUCCUAUCAUUUGUGCCGCUGUUUGGUCCCAGCAACCUUUUUCCAAUCCAUUUGACCUGGAAGUUGCUAUACAAGAAUUCAUUGAUAACCUUCCUACUUCAGGAAAAGAAGGCAUUUUGAGGUGUCACCCGGAUCUGGCAGGAGGAGAAGCUUUGAGAUGUCAACUGACAACUGAGUCCCAAAAAGAGCAGAGUGGGGCAGGUCUAACUUUAUUAGACGGCACGGAAAAAUUCAGGAUAGACCAGCUGAACACACAAUACAAGGAAAAGUUUGGCUUUCCGUUCGUUAUUUGCGCCAGAAUGAGCGACAAAAACAAGAUUUUUCAGCAACUGAACGAAAGGCUUUUAAAUGACCCGAUGGCCGAGCUGCGCACUGGCAUUGAAGAAGUUAAAAAGAUCUGUCACCUAAGGCUCCACGACAUCUUCAGUGGAUCUCCUGUGACCAAGCCAUGAUGCACCAAUAUAAAGGUUUUCAUUUGGAGAAAAUAAUCUUUUGAAGGAGCUGCUACUUUACUGCAUAAUAUAAAAUCAUAAUCGAUAUAAGACAAAAGUUAUAAACUGGAAUUUCAUCACAUUGAUUUUAACUACAUUCUAAAUUAAAAAAAAAUGGGAACAAAAAUGUGUUUUGUUUAGUCAACUUAUUUGUAAUCAAUAAGCAGUAUAAUUUAAGAGCACGCGUAUAUCUUUAAUACCAUUUGUUUCCUUUGAAUGCAUGGUUUGUUACAAAUACAGUUUUUCUUGC